UACUUAUUCCUAUUCUAUUUCUAUCGGUUCUCGUUGCCGGCUGCUCGAACUCUACUCUCGCAAACGUUUAUUUGAUAUCGCUAUCAUACGCGGCGAAUAUCACCUCUUCGCCUCUACAAAAUGACCAUCCAGCGAAGCUUAAUCCAGAUAUGCCAGGGGUAUUCGCAAAUUUGACCACUGGAGUGCGAAACAAUGCAACUUCUUUUGAAAUAAGGACAGGAUAUCUGGGCCAUUGCAUGAAACAAAACUCAGGCCUCUGGAUCUGUGCUCGAGACAUAGAACCUCUUGCAAAUGUCAUCAGGGACCAAAAAGCAUCGAACAUUGACCCGUUGAAUCUGGUUUACAUGUCCAAGACGUUCAAAGAUCAGGUGAUAUUCAGUGGAUUAAUCUUUGCAUCCAUUCCAUGUCUAUUCAUCUGUUUUCUGCUUCUCUCCAGUUUCCCAAACUGGCACGCGGAUGUCAAUUCAGAGGAGAGCGAUGUUGAGAUUAAGCCAUUUCCCUCAAGGGUGGUGUCUCGUGUUGCGACUGGAUUUGUGGCACUCGCUUCGCUGUUAACCUUUGUAUCCGUAUUUUGGCAACAUAUAUCGAGUUCGGCGAGCGUUACGAUGCAUGAGGAGCUCUAUUAUGGGGUCGUCAAUUCGAGCACCGGAGUUGUUGCUAUGGUAUUUGGAUGGGGAGGGGUUCUUACUUCGUUUCUUGUUGUGAUUGGGUUGAUUCUCAUGAUUUUGAGUAUAUCGAUUUUACAAAAACUUAGCGAUGACUGAUUUGAUUUUAUCGCUCAUUUAUGCUGCUUCUUUUCGCUCCUACAAACUUGGAAUUAUACAGGCCUUUUAGGAAAGUGUGUUGGAGCUAAGGGAGGCCAUCUACUUUGGGAAAUGUUAGGCCAUGUUGAGUCUAUAAGAAUGUGAUCGGAAGUUACGCAUGGAAUUCUCCUGCUCUAUUCACUUUGAUCUGGAUUGUUCUAGCACUAAUAUUAAGAAUAAUCGGAAUUGGAAUCGCUCACGAAUGAUGUGAUGGAGAAUAAGGUUCGGUAUAUCCAGCGAACUGCAAGACCCAGUAUAGUCAAUAUAACAAGAAAUGUC